GUCUCAAUAGCGGCCAAGUGCGACGGGGCGGGGCCUGCCGGCGGAGGCGGCCUCUCCGGUGCCGUCGCCGCCAACGGCGCCGCCGCCCCCCGCAGUCCCGCGCUGUGGCCAUGUCCUGCAGCCGCUCGGCGCUGGCGGGCAGGCGGCUCACCAAGAGCGGAUGCGGGUGUAGGUGCCGGAGCAGCUCUGCGUCUGGCAGGAUGGGGAGCAGCACGUCAUCUUUGGGGAAGUCAGCAUCUGCUCCUGUGAACCAGAUCCAAGAAACAAUUUCAGAUAAUUGCGUGGUGAUUUUCUCUAAAACAUCAUGUUCUUACUGUACGAGGGCAAAAAGCCUUUUCCAUGACAUGGGCAUUAAGUAUAAAGUGGUAGAACUGGAUAUGCUUGAGUGUGGAAGCCAGUUUCAAGAUGCUCUUUACAAAAUGACUGGUGAAAGAACCGUUCCAAGAAUAUUUGUCAAUGGAACUUUUAUUGGAGGUGCAGCUGACACUCAUAGGCUUCACAAAGAAGGGAAAUUGCUUCCACUAGUUCGUCAGUGUUAUUUAAAAAAAAAAUAAGAGGAAAUAAUUUUAGUGAUACAAGUACUCAUAAAUUUGCUAGUAAGAUGCCCAUUAUUGAAAAUGAUAAUGCCUUUUAAAUGUUUGAGGACAUUUUAAAUUAUCUUCACAAAAAAGUAAAAUGUAAAAAAUAGCAAUAAAUCCCUGCAGCAACCUCAUCUUCCUACUUUCCAAUUCUUGAGUAAAUGGGAUAGUAUUUACAAUUGAAAACAUGAGUGGAGAUGCAUCAAAAGAUUAGAGAAUUUGAUUUCUAGGAAUUUAUAUAUGAAUUUACAACCAAGAACUAGGAGGUAAGCAUUUGGAAUUCUUUAUUUUCCAUAGUAUACCCAAACUAGGUAGGGAUAUCUUGUACUAUAGUGUGACAAGUUUUCAUACUUUGUACUUCCAGAGUUCUAGGAGUGUACUAACUUUGUAGAAUGGAAUGAAAUUUAUCAUAGAGAGACCAAAUUACUCAUUUAAUAACUUACUUCCAGGGAGCAGAACUGAACCUAUGGGUAGAAAUUAAAAGGAGGCAGACUUCAGCAGCAUAUGAGGAUGAACUUUUGAAAUAGUUCAGAAAAUUACUUGAGUUCUUUUGUGAGGUGGAGAGUUCUGCUUCUCAAAAUGUGUUGAAAGUCUGUGGAAUUGUUCCAUUGGGAUCCAGGUAUUGAAUGGAAGGUUAGACUUACCUAAAGCCAUUUUUGGUGUAUGUAUUUUGCAAUUCUGUGACUGGGAAUACUAUUCAAACCAAUUUCAAAAAGGAUUCACUUUAUAGGAAGUCUUAUUUUAGAAAAAAAUGAAGAAAAUACUUCAGGUAUUUUAUUACUCAAGUCAUAUCUGUAGCUUCUUAUCAAUAAGAAUUUUUAAAGUGCCUACUCUACAAAGCAUUUUCCUUGUUGAUACCAAAGUCACAUGGGGCAGGUCACCAGAUACCGAAGAAAACUCUUCCUCAGGGAUGGAAGGAAAAUGGAUUUUUUAGAAAAGUGGAGUGCUUCUGUUUCCUGGUCAAGAUGGACCAGGGAAUCUGAGACAGUCAUGACGAAGGCAGCUGGUGGCUUUCUUGGCCAUUUGCCAUUCAUGAUGCUUCCUAUGUGGGCUUGUUAAACUGUCUUGAUAAAGCAAGAAUUUAGACUAUUUUAUUCCCACAUGAUAAUUUAUUUAAGUUCUAAGAAUGGAAUGGAAAACAGAAUGAAAUGUUCUUUAGUCCUUUUAUUUUGCAUCAUGUCAUGAGAAAUUUUACAUGUUUCUAUGUUGCAAAAUCUUUGUAGGAAGUAGAGGAAGUCUGUUACCUAUGAGAAAGGUAAAAUUAUGUGUUAUAGUUGUCAUUCAUAUUAGGUAUCAAAGGUGGAGGCAAGUUACCUUAAGGUAUAGAAGCACUAACCAGGUAGUGUUGACAGUCCUUGACUGUUAAAACGUCUUUUUACCAACCCUACCUAAACUGGUAGGAGGGCAGGAAGAUGGUGAAUGAUUGGUGGUUAGUUUUUGAUUAUGCUUCUACCUUAAAAUAAUUCAAUAUUAAGGAGAGAAACCCUAUCAGAAGGCUCAGAAACUCCAGUGAAGGUAAUAUUUCAGAUUAUCACCUACAGUUUUAUUUAAUAAAGAAGGAAAAAACCUG